GUGAAAAUGGUACACUUCCGUAUGAAAUCAGUAAACAAAAAAUUAUCAGUAUUUCUUAUACUUCUCUCUUUUAUAGAAAAGUAUCGAUUCCGAUAAUAAACCGGACAUGUACUAUAUUUAUAAGAUCUAAAACGGAUUGUAUUCAAGUGCAAAUAGGUGACGAUGUCUCGAUGACGGAGGUAAAGACGUUAACCAUACAGCGCGAGGUUCAGCUGCGCUUCCUAUCUCCCGAGGACAUACCAGAAGUCAAGAGGUUAUGUGCGGACUGGUUCCCUAUAGAGUACCCAGAUAUUUGGUAUCAAGAGAUCACCUCAAAUCCGAAGUUUUAUUCCCUUGCAGCAACGUUCCAGGCUAAAAUCAUUGGCCUAAUUGUUUGUGAGAUCAAAGCUAAAUCAAAAUUGAACAAAGAGGACUCGGACAUCCUAGCUCCCUCGUUUCCUUGCUCAGCUCAGGUAGCAUACAUACUCAGUCUCGGAGUCGUUGUAGAGUUCCGUAAACAUGGCAUUGGCUCUCUCCUACUGGAUAGCCUACUCUGCUACUUGACCUCGAAGGAGCGCUGCAACUGCAAGGUUGCAUACCUCCAUGUGCUGUCCACCAAUCAGACUGCGAUACGCUUCUACGAACGGCGUAACUUCAGCGCACAUAGCUACCUGCCAUACUACUACUCCAUACAGGGAAAACCACGUGACGGAUACUCAUAUGUACUUUAUAUAAAUGGGGGAAAACCACCAUGGUCAUUGUUUGACUACGUGAGUCACUGUGGUUCCCUGCUUGGCAAGCUGCAUCCAUGCGCCCUUCCACAGCAGAUCAUGCGCUCUGUGCGGAGAUGCUUCUGUCGGAUACUCAGCGCUGGAGCUCCAGAGACUCCUAGUAGCUACGUGUCGUAGCCCUGUCCGGUAUCAUGGAGCAAACAAACUGGAUGGGUUUUCACCAAACUAUUCUAAGAAAGUGGAGGAAAUAAUGUUCUUAUAGCUAAAAUGUUCAAAAUAUGAUUUAUUUUGUGUGCCCAUGUUUGCAUUUAUAUUUACCAACUCUAAUUAUAUCAAUCAUGACUCUACAUAUAGAAAUAUGUGUUUCUUACAUAAAAUUCAAGUUAAACCCAUAUUUCUGCAAACUGAAGUGGUUUUGUAACAAGAAUGAUUUACAAAGAUGGUUAAUAUUACAUGAUUCGUGACUUAGAAUUGAUUCGUGACUUAGAAUAAUCUUUUACAAGAAUUAGCUUGAAUUAAUUAUUUUGUUGCCGGUAUUUCUGCAAGCUCUUAAAUAUUUUGCAAGCAAAACAAUGCAAUUGAGAUAAGAACUAUUCUUCUUAGAACAAAACUGUGUUCUUCAUUUUAUAAGUAAGACUGGGUUGGUGAAUGGGUCCCUAGUCGUACAUGGAACAUACAGGGUGGAGUGGGGUGAUAGUUGUCUGCAAAUAGUCAGCACGGGUUGUUUUAUUGUUUAAUUUCUUGUUUUGAGUUAUUGUCCUCUUAAUGAUUUCAUUUCAUCCUUACUGAUAUAAGCUGCAUUCUGUGAAAAGGGGGUUUAAUUCAAGAGCUUAAAGUGUCAUCCAAGAUUAGCCUGUGCAGUCUGCACAGGCUAGUCAGGGGCAACACUUUCUGCUUUUAUUGCAUUUUUCGUUUAAAGGAUGACCCAUCUUGACGAACAUCUAGUUAAGUCGGAAAGUGUUGUUUCUGAUAAGCCUGUGCAGCCUGGGCAGGCUUAUCUGGGACAACAUGUAGGCUUAUCUGGGACAACACGUUAAGCACAUGCAUUUAACCCCCUUUUCACAUAGCGAGGCUCAUUUGUAUAAUAUUUGUGCAGAAUGUGUGCUGUUUACAGCUGAGAUCCCCGGUUUGCCCCAAUAUAUGUCCUGGUCAUGAUUUCUCUUAUCUAUCUGUUCGACAUGUAUUUGUCAUUGUAAUAGGCCAGGUUUUUGUAGCUGAAAAAACUUAACCUAAAACCAAUGUUUCCAAAAUAUUCAAUUAAAUCUGUUCUACUGACAAAACAACUACUUUAUUCUUUUUCUAUAUAUAAUAAUUAUAUGUAGUGGAUCUAGGUUCCAACAGCUUAACAUAUACAAUAAGUGAAAUAAAUACACUAUAAAUUAUGUGUAUACCGCAUAUUCAAGUGCACAUAAUUUAAAAAAGAAAAAUAACACUUACUUAUAGAAGAAUUUAGAUUUUAUUGAAUGGUUUAUAUUAAUUCCUCGUCUUGUAAGAACUAGAAAUAGUAUGUUCUUGUAUAUCUUUUUAAAACAUUAAUUUCUUAUAUUAAGGGGUUAAGUUUAAAGUAUAUCAAAAUGCAAUGUGCAAGUAACAUGUGUGAAAUGUGACUUGAUGGAUUUGAGGUAUUCAUUGUCUGCAUUCCAUUUAGUAUUUGCUCAUACAUAUUCAACUCAGAACAAAACAUUAACCUGAAAUAUAAGAAAAUUAUAUUUAAGUUCAAAGGUUAUGCAUCAUUUUUGUCCUAUGUAUGUGUAGAAGCUAGUGCUGUGAUUCCUCUACGGGGACUUGUACUCUUAAAUCAUUAAUGAAGCAGUCAUUUGGAAAUACAGAUUUAAGUUACCUUGCGGUAUCAGCUAUGUGAUGCCAUCAUGGGUCUUUGUAUAUCCAUACAGUGUAGCUCCAUAUAUGCAUUCACAUCUGUCCACUCCCUUUGCAUAUGUCCAGUCUGAUGAAGAGUCAUAAUGUCAGCUUAUUUGACACAAAAACAUUGCGUGAUUUUAAAGCAAAAAUGUACAGACUGAUCUGGAGCUACUCUUGCAGUAUAUGGAAUAAUAUCAGGUUCUUAUGAUGUUUGAAACUAAGCUAUGGCAUUAUACAGUACAUGUCUAAUUAUUAAUCAGAAAUGUGUACAGUGUAUUUUAUCAAGGUAUUGUAAAUCUUGUUCCAUUAAAUUACAUAAUUCUGUAGCAAUAGGCAUAAUAAUCAAUGUGAGACAUGAAAUAAAGCAAAACAUAAUAAUUAUUUGUGCAAUGAAAUUUCAUUCCCAUAUUGUCAGGUUUAAACUUGAUGAUGAUUUAGAUAUAAAAGAAUAUUAUUUUAUAUUUAAGCAUGUAAAAUGCUAACAAUCUAGAAUUCUUGCAAUGUACUUACAUGUACUAACCAGAAAAAGAUAAUUGCCGUUUUUAAUAUGUACAAACAUACAUACUGACAAUUUAAAUAAUAAUGUUGUUUGAAGUUUCCUGUAUUUAUUUAUACCGGUAGUUAAUGGUAAUUGUAACAAAAUGACUUGACUGAAUGUAUGAUAUAUCAAAUUGUGUAAAGUUCAAACACUGCAAAAUUAUAUUUGUCUUUCAUCUAUUGCAUGAAAUCCUGUAAUUGUGAGGUGUAACACAGAUUUGCCAAUUGGAUAUGAGCCUUGCUCUGUGAAAAGGGGUUUCAAUGAAUGUGCAGACUGCACAGGCUAAUCUGAGAUGACAGUUUGCACACAUGCAUUAAACCCCUUUUUCACAGAGCAUGGCUCAAACAUAUACCCAUAUGCAGAGCUCUAAAUAAGGUUGAAAAUGUACAUGUAUACUAAAGGAUACUUUUUGUGAUAUAGUACACCUUGACCAUGACCUUUUAAUGGUAUUAGAGAUUUAUAAAGGGUGGUCUUUAAGCUUAAGUUAACCCGUUACCACUUAGAAACAUAUCUUGACGCAUUUGAAGUCCAAAAAAAAGUUAUAUUUAAUUAAAGACCCUUCUUACUAAAUUAAAUUUUAAAGACUUUAUUUCCAACCCUUUGAUACUGAUGAGCAGCAAACAGCAUAAAACCUUAACAGCCUGCGAGUUACUCGCAGGCUGUUCUGGUUUUAUGCUGUUUGCACAUAGCCAUUUUUACUUUGAUCCUGAGAGGGAAAAGGUUAAGUGGGCUUUAAACUAAAAUGUUUUUUAACAGAUUAUAAAGGGUGUGAAAUAUGUAAUUGUAAAUGUAACAAUCAUAAAAAAACUGGUAGUGUUUGAUUAAAUAUGUUAAGAUAAUUGUUUUCAGAUAGAAAUUACCUUUUUGGAAGGGUCAAUGUUGACCUGUAGCCCCUCUAUACUGGGAAAACAGGGCUUAAUGCAUUGGUGUUAAGUGUUGUUUCAGAUUAGCCUGUGCAGCUCACACAUAUUAUCAGAAAAUACACUUUCUCUUUUAACAGUGUUUUUCUUAUAAAGGUGUCUUCUAAUGACAAAUUGUAGGCUAAAAGUGGGGUCCCUGAUCAUCCUAUGCAGACUGCACAUAUGGGACAACACUACCUACUUGCAAUAAGACUAGUUUCCCCACAAUGAGUUUCAAUUAUUUAAUGGUUACUUGACCCCCUUGCUACAAAUUCUAAAUUAUAUUUGUAAAUUUACAUGGUUAUUUACUCAAAUACCUGUGUUACAUAUGACUGUGUUUGUUUUGUAUUUAUUGACAAGGAAUGGAGAAGCUUAUGUGUCAGCAAAGCUGUAAAGAAAAUACAUGUAAUUAAAGUUUUUAUGGUUUAAAUUUUUUUGUCAAAAAUAAGAGCAAGCAAUUUGUUAAAGACAUAUUUUGGUUGCAAACAUAUGUAAGCUUUUAUAAUAGCCUGGCCUUUAUAAACAUAACUUGUAAAGUUAAGCCAUUUUUAAAUAUCUGAAUGUUAUUUUGUAUGAAAAAUAUAGGUUUUAGUUGUUACAUAAUUACCCGUAUGUGAACCCAGUCAUGUAAGAAAUCAUCCAGCUUUUGAACGCUGAGUGUGAUUUUUUGCUUACGAAUAUUUGACUGUUUAUACCAGUCAUUGUAUGUGCUUUGUUUAAUUCUUAGUAUUAUAACCCGGUUAGAGGUUGUUGCUGUUGAUGUUACCAUCUCUUUACAAUGGCAUGUAUGUACUUACUAGCUCUUGCAGUCAUUUUACGAUUCGUUUGUUUUGGAUGUCACACAGCGAAAUGCAAUUGAGCCUAAUCAUUGGAAGUGGAAAUUUCCAUAACUGUAUCAAUUCGUUACUGGUAGAAACAGUGCAGUACUUGGGCACAAAUGAAUUACUGGUAACAUAUUAUUUAUUAAAUUAUGUAUAAUUAUAACUCGCUACCAUUUUUUUAUUUUGUGAAACAAAUCCUUAUAAUCAUUUUAAUUAAAACAGGAAUCAGACAGGGAACAAAGUUGAAAAAAACAACAUUUACAUUUCAGCCGCAUCUCGAAAAAAUGGUCAGCCUAGCUCCUGACCAGCCUGCGCAUCUUUCCACUUAUGGAAACCUUUUGCAAAGUGUAGCUUGACCAGACGGCUCUAAUGCGCAGGCUGGUCCGGAGCUACACUGGCUUCAUAUUGCAUAUAUGGUCCAUUUACGCAAGCAGCUCUUUUAAUUGAGUUUUUACUCGCCUAGUUUAUGAUUAAAAAAACUUGCAGUUUGUACAUAAGCUGAUAAACAAAUGGACAUUACUUUACCACACAUAUUCAUGUUCAACCCUUUACCACUUAGAUACUUAUUUUUACGCAUGUGUAGUCCCUUAAAAAGUUAAAUUUAAUUAAAGACUUACUAGAUUCAAGUUUAAAAGGCUUCAUAUCCAACCCUUAGAUACUGAUGAGCAACAAACAGCAUAAAACCUUAACAGACUGGGAGUUACUCCCAUGCUAUUCUGGUUUUAUGCUGUUUGCACAUAGCAAUUUCCACUUGCCUCUGAGUGGGAAAGGGUUAAUUAGCGACCAUUUAGUUGAUAAAGAAAUUCAGGAACUUAUUUUCAUGUCAAAAACUCAUAAUUGUUCUUAUUGCUAACACUGCAGUGGUGAAAUUGUUGUAGCCAAUGGGAAAAGCCUCUCCAAUUGCAUACAAAGGAAUUAUUUGGUUACAUUUGUUGUUUGCAUAACAUAUAAUGAAGAACAAUUUAAAAUAUUGACAAUUGGAUAUACCAGUAUGUUUUGUAUAUCUCAACUACUUUAAUGUGUUCUAGAUACAAAUCUUGCUUCCUCACUGCCGUUCAGAUUCCCUGAUUUCAACAGAACUUUCACUACCCAUUACUCAUACAAACUAGUCUGUUUAUUGCAUUAGUAAUGAAAACCCAACUGGAUUUUAUUAUAGAUUGUUUUCAAAAUAUUAAAAGUGUAUAUAUAUCGAGUCAAUAAUACUGUUUGAAAAAAAGUAUUCUAUGACCAUCAGUUUCCAAGCUUACAGUCAAAUUGUAUAUAGCAAGCAUUUUGAAUUCACGCUAUAUUAUAAUAUAGGAAAAAUAUACAUUUAUUAAAUACAAUGGCAUUACUUUAUACUUAAUAAAUUGAGAAAAUUAUAGUGCUGUCUAUAAUAUGGUCACAAUUAUUUAUUAGAAAUAUAUGAAAAUACAAAUCUGACAAAAAAUAAUGUACAUGUGAAGAAAAAAUCUUAAUCUAAACAAUUUAGAUUUUUUUUCAUUAAAGAAAUCAUGUUCAAUAAAUUUUUUAAUCAGUUGUAUAUUUAUUCUCAGAAAAAACACUUAUAAAAUGGAUAUAUGUAGUUGGUGUUUUCAAGGCUUAUCCAAUUGUUUGAUGCAUUAUUGUCAUGUUAAUAUAUUGUACUUGAUUUUAUAAAUUUACCUUUAAACUGUGUAUAUAUUUUGUCUGUGAGAUUAUUUAUAAUAUUUACUGUAUGCUAUGUUAGUUUUGAAAAACCUUUUGCUUGUAUUGAAUGUGAUGAGUGACAAUAUGUUUCUGCGAGUAUUUGUUACGGAAUGUGGACCCAAAAACUGAUGCAGAACACCUGAAUUAUUUGCUUGAAAUCUCUUGGUGUUUUAUAUCAAUUGAUAUAGAAAUGAGAAGCCCUCUGGAAAAUAAACAGGCUAAUGCAUGUGCUUAAUCAUAUCAUCCCGGUGAAGUCUAAUCAGGGAUGACACUUUAGUUUAACGGAAUUUAUUGUUAAAAGGAAGUCAUUUCUACAUGGGCAUCCGGUCUAGACGAAGAAUGUUUGCCCUGAUUAGCCUGUCCGGACUUAACAGGCUAAUCUGGGACGACACUUAACGCACAUACAUAAAGUCCAGUGUUCCCAGAGCGGGACUGAAAUACAAUGUAGAGCUUUUUUGUUCAGUACACUAAUAUUCAUGCUAAGUGAUUAAACCUCAGAGAAAUAUUAUCAUCAGAUAUAACUUUUUUUUUCUUAACAAUAUUUCAGUAAGAUAAACCCGAGUAUUUACACUAAUUCUGUUGAUUUUGGAAUGACUGUUUGUUACAUGCCAUAGAAAACCAAAAUGAAUAUUUGUUUGGUUAUGUCCUGCAUUUUCUUUUCCAUAGUUUCAAAGUUUGUAUCUGCUCAUAGUUCUCCAGUCUAGUAAAAAGAUUCAUCUUCUUUACCCACAGGUGAUAACAUGUUUGGGUUAAAAUCAAUACCACAAACAGGUGUUUUCUGUGUAAUCAAUCAUGUGACACUGGGCAGAUUAAAAUGGGUCUUGCAAUAUGCAGCCAGUGUAGCUCCAAACCAGACUGCUCAGUCUGGUCUGUAGCUACCCUGUCCGCUAAUGAGACCUCAAUACAUUGCUUACUUUAUAGCAGACACCGUAGCUUCUGACCAGACUGCUCUAGGCAUAAGGCCAGCCAGCCCACCCACAUUCGUCAAUCUAAUGACCAGUUUUUUCCUUUGGAAAACCUGGUUAAAAAUGGCCAUGAGCUUGUCUGGGCCAUAACUUUGUCAUUUAUUGUGAGAUUUUAAAAUCAUUUGGCACAUUUGUUUAACAAAACUGAACGGUUUGUCGCGUGAAAGAAUUACGUUGAUAUCUCCAAGGUCAAGGUCACACUUUGAGUUCAAAGUUUAAAAAAAGCCAUAAAUGAGCUUGUCCUGGCCAUAACUAUGUUGUUCAUUGUGAGAUUUUAAAAUCAUUUGGCACAUUUGAUCACCAUCACUGGACAGUGUGUUGUGCGAAAGAAUUACGUUGAUAUCUCCAAGGUCACACUUUGAGUUCAAAGGUCAAAAAUGGCCAUAAAUGAGCUUGUCUGGGCCAUAACUAUGUUGUUCAUUGUGAGAUUUUCAAAUCAUUUGGCACAUUUGUUCGUCAUCAUUGGAUGGUGUGUCGCGCGAAAGAAUUACGUUGAUAUCUAUGGCGUUUAUUGUGAGAUUUUAAAAUGAUUUGUUCAUUGGACGGUGUCACACAGAAGAAUUAUGUCCAUAUCUCCAAGGUCACACUUUUAGUCCAAAGGUCAAAAAUGGCCAUAAAUGAUUAUCGCAUAAUAAUUCUUAAAAAUCGUCAUAAAUUAGAUUCUCUUGUUUUGUGAAGACAGCAUACAAAAUAGUCCCUGUCAAUGCGGCACGUGGGGGUAUACGUCACGUCUGUGCCAAAGCUCUAGUUAAGUGACAAGUAUAUGGUAUAUGUGGCAUGCAUAGCUACAGAAGGAUCUGCACAGUCUGGUCAGGAGCUGCACUGUCCGCCAUACAGUAAUGAAGGAUUCAGGACCUUAAUAGCGGACAUUGUAGCUCCAAUCCAGAUGCACUGAUAUGCUGGCCCCAUAUUGCAUCAAGAUGGAGGACAAAGACAAAACAGAUUGCAUAAUUAGUGUAGUCAAUGACGUAAUUUCUCAAAUUAAUGCAAAAUAAUAAUCCACUAUGGUUAAGCUUUAGUUAUCACAAUAUUUACAAUGAAACAAACAUUAUCAAAUUAUAAGGAAUUACAAGAUCUUCUGCCCAAAGUCAUAGGUAUGCAUAAGAAAUGACAGAAUGUAAGAAUGUGCUACUUUAUUUUCAUUUUUCUAUUUUUGUGUAUUUUUUCACUAUAUAAUUUAUUGAAAUAUCUUGCACAUCCUGUAUUAUUAUGUUUGAUUGAUUAAAUAAAAUUAAAAAUCUUG